AUUCUGGAAACCCAUUUGUAUGCUUCUGUUCUGAUUCCACACACACCCCAUAUCGGCGUUUGACCUUCACUUCCGUGUUUCCUUGAGCCCCUCGGAUCGUUUCUUCUUCUCCUCCAUUUGCUUGGAUCGUUCAGAAAUCGGCACGACCCGACCCGACAUUGAUUGCCGCUCAUAUUGAGAAACGGGUUUUGCUCGAUCGGCACUUCCGACCAUCAAUCUCUGUGUUUGAUGAUAACCUGAUAUCUGCGCAGGGAGUCGAGAAUUAUGAACCCUAAUCCGAAGAAAUCAUCUUCCAAUGGGUUCGAGAAACAUGUUCCUGCAGAAGAAGAGCAGGCAAAGAUAAAGGAGAUGAGGAAUCACCUCGGGCCGUUGCCAGAAAAACUGGCGAAUCUCUGUACCGAUGAUUCGAUCUCGAGAUACUUAAGGGCACGGAAUUGGCAUGUCAAGAAAGCCGCUAAAAUGCUUAAAGAAACCUUGAAAUGGAGUGUUCAAUACAAACCGGAGCAAAUCCGAUGGGAGGAAAUAGCUCAUGAAGGGGAGACAGGGAAGGUUUAUAGAUCGAGUUGUUUUGACAAACAAGGAAGACCUGUUCUUGUACUUAGACCCAGCCAAGAGAACUCUAAAUCGGUGAAGGGGCAGAUCAGAUACUUGGUGUAUUGUAUGGAGAACGCUGUCCAAAAUCUGCCACCAGACCAGGAGCAGAUGGUGUGGCUGAUUGAUUUCCAUGGCUACAGCUUGGCGAAUGUGUCGUUGAAGGCGACACAAGAAACGGCUCAUGUUUUACAAGAGCACUACCCUGAACGCUUGGGUGUGGCCAUUCUCUACAACCCGCCCAAAUUCUUUGAACCCUUUUGGAAGCUGGUGAAGCCAUUUCUGGAGCCGAAGACAAGGAACAAAGUGAAGUUUGUAUACUCAGAUGACCUCGAGACCAAGAAAAUACUGGAGGAUCUCUUUGACAUGGACCAGUUGGAGACUGCCUUUGGUGGAAACAGCGAUUCAUGUUUCAAUAUAGAAAAAUACGCCGAAAGGAUGAAAGAAGACGACCAGAAAAGGCUUGCGGUCUUGAAGGAUUGUGCUUCCCCAUCUCUAGAUUCACUCGGUCUGGUACCUACAUCUGAUGAUGUCUCGGAAAAUGAGCAAAACGAAAGCCCUGUCCCUUACCCCGAGAAUGUCUCAGAGGGUGAAGAGACUGACAAUGCUCAGCCCGAUUGUGAGAGUGUCUCUGCAGAUGAGCAUUCUCCAGUCAAGAACGAAAGCAAAGAUUAGGUUCGAUAACCAGUGAGCGGUUUUUAGGUUGACUACCGCUACCGGUCAUCAACAUGUAGAUUGUAUGUUUCCUUGUACUAAUUUCUCUCCUGUUCGAUACAUUGAAUUGCAGGAGUGAUCCUGUGAUGAGACCCUGUUCUUUUCGGGUCUUAAAGUCAGAUUGUAACCUCAA